AUGGGCAGAAAGAAACAGAAGGAGCCAGACACCGCGACCACGCAAAACGACACAGUUUCUGCUCCUUCCGACAUCUUCAAAACCCUAUUCAGCUGCGCCGAUGAAACCGCCGCUACCCCCUCUAUUUUCUCCGAUGCCAAUCCUUUCAAAAGAAAACCCGAAGACCCAAAAUCCAACGAAAACCCUAGCACCGAUGUCGAUACCCAAAACCUUAAUUUCAACGAAACUACAGUGAAACUAAAAAUGGUGAAAACCGAAAAUCCCAAUUUGGGUUUUGAGCCGAAAGAAGAGAGAACGUUAAAUGAGAGUGAAAGAAAGAGGAAGAAGAGAAAAAGGGAUGAUCUUGAGAGCGAAUAUGAGGCUAAAAAGUAUGGUCCAGUGGUAGAUAAUGAGGAAAACGUGAGUGUUGUGGUUGGGGCAAAGAGGAAAAAGGCUGAUGAUGAAGCGAAUGUGUUGGUUUCAAAGGAGAGUGAAGGGUUUGACGAUGAAAAUAAGCUAUUAAGGACUGUGUUUGUUGGGAAUUUGUCUUUGAAGAUGAAGAAGAAGGUACUUAUUAAGGAAUUUAGUAAGUUUGGGGAGGUUGAGUCUGUGAGGAUACGGUCCGUGCCAAUUGCUGAAUCCAAGAUACCGAGGAAGGGGGCUAUUUUGUUGAAGAAGUUUAAUGAUAAUGCUGACAGUGUUAAUGCAUAUGUUGUUUUCAAGACUGAGCAAUCUGCAGAGGCAUCUCUCUCCCAUAAUAUGGCUGUGGUUGGAGGAAAUCACAUUCGUGUAGACCGGGCAUGCCCACCUCGCAAAAAGUUAAAGGGUUUGGAUGCUUCCCUUUAUGAUAACAAGAGGACAGUUUUUGUCGGUAACCUCCCCUUUGAUGUGAAGGAUGAAGAAAUUUAUCAACUUUUCACUGGUAUUAAAGAUCUUGCAUCCAGUAUUGAAGCUGUUCGAGUUAUUAGAGAUCCUCAUAUAGGUCUGGGAAAGGGCAUUGCCUAUGUGCUGUUUAAAACAAGGGAAGCUGCAAAUUUGGUGAUCAAGAAACGAAAUUUGAAACUUCGUAAUCGAGAGCUGAGACUAUCUCAUGCCAGACAGGAUUCUACCCCAUCUAAGAGAAAGAACUCAUUUGCUGAAGAGAGAGCUAAUUUGCCAAACAAGAAGUCAGCACCAGAUUCAAGGACUCCUGACCAUAAGAACAGGCCAGAUACAAAGGCUACCAAGUCCUACCAGGGCUUGCGUGCCAGUAAAUCUGGUGUGGAGAAGAAAGUCCAUACUCUUGCACGUUCAAAACGCGAUGGAGCAGCUAGGAUGAAAUCCAAGAAUCCACAAGGAGAAAAGCGUCAGGGGAAAAGACCAGCUGUUGCUCUAAGAAAGGCAAAAGCUGCACUCAAGGAUGGUGGUGCUUCUGGACCACCCAGGCAAAAACGCAAGCUAGAUAGCUGGACCCCAGACAGUUCCAACAGAAAGAAGAAAGCCAGGAAAUUUAGCCGGAAAGACGCCAUAGGAGCUGGAAUGGUGACUUGGAGGUUCAGCACAGCAGAACUCGAGCUCAAGCCUCGCACAAAGUCGCCCAGAAGUCGGAACAGACAAGCAGCAAGAUUCUUCGACCCUUGUUCUUGUCGUAUACUUUUCGUCAUGGUUGAAAAGGAAGAAAAUGAAGAAAGAUGA